CGAAAGUGUUAAUUUGCCAAAUUCUGUAUAUAUGUAUGUAUAUAUACGUAUAUAUGUAUAUGUAUGUAUGUAAAUACAUACAUAUGUUUGUGUUUGUCUAAUUAAACAUCAAUGCUGCUGCAGCUAAGAUAUCUUGACUGUUGCAGCCGCUUGAGACGGAAUAUCACGGCCUAGCCUUGCCAAGCAAACAAGUUUGCCGCGUUGCGUAUCAAAAAAGUGAGUAGUUGCACAUUUGGGACUGUUAUGAAAACCGUCAGAGAUUAGACGGACUAGCUUUGCUUAGCUGCCCACAGGCAACACAACUGCUACAACUACAACAACAGCUACAACUACAACUAAAACACCGCAUUGCACCCCCCGCUGUCAACAAACGCCGAUGCUGCGCCAGAGCAAGAGCUGGAGCCAGAGCCAGAGCCACAGGCAAAUGCAGUUGCAGUUGCAUAUGCACUAACUACGCGCCGCUCAACACAGCCGCUCGACAGCAACAACGCCAGCAGCAGCAACGGCAGGAACAGGAACAGCGGCGGCGUCGGUUGAUCAACACUCACAUCUAGACAAAUACAUACACAGACACAAACACACACACACACACACAUAGACCGCACACAACGACUGUGACAUUACAGUGAGGGUGAGAGACGUAAGAGAUCCUUACAUUUCACGCUAUAAUAGAAAGAGAGAGAGAGAGAGACAGAGAGAGAAAGAAAGAAAGAGAGAGAGGGAGUGAGACAGAGACAGAGAAGUGAAGGCAGAAAGCAGGAGGCGUAUUCGCUGCCCAGCACACAAAACGCCCAUUUGAAUGGAUCCGUGUGUUGGCUGGUUUCAGGAGGAACAGGAGGGACCAGCGUUGCGUACAUGGUUAAAGAUUUGGGAAACGAAUGCCCAAGAGAUGGGUGCACUUCUUGAGCAACAGCUACAACAAAACAACAAUAAUAAUAAUAACAACAACAACAACAGCAGCAGCAGCAUCAUCAGCAGUAACGGAAAUACCAUCAGUAGCACCGGCAACGGCAACGGCAACAGCAACAGCAGCACUGGCAACAGCAGCACCGGCAACAACAAUAACAACAACGCGGUGGCCACAAACAAUUUAUCUAGGAUAAUAAGCAACGGUCCUACGAUCAGCCUGCGUGAUCCCGACUCAUUACAAAUUCUUCUUCAGCAGUUGAACGAAACGCCAGAUCGUCACGGGAACAGCAGCAACAUUAACGGAGGCAAAAGCUCAAGCAACACGUCUAUCGAUUCCACAUCGAACAACGACAAUAAUUCGCCAGCAAGCAGCAGCAGCAGUAGCAGUAUCAGCGCAAGCGCCAACACUAACAAUUCAGUUAACGGUACACCGACAACAGCAGCAGCGCCGACACCGACACCAACAACAACACCAACGCCAACAACAACAACAACAACAACCGCAACAACAACAGCAGCAACAACAGCAGCAGCAGCAGUGGCUGCUUCAAAUAGCACAACGACGCCGACAGGUGGUGAUAGCACCAACACCACCACGAACACCACCACAACCACAACCACAACUACAACCACCACCAGUACCAGUACUAGUACCAGUAGCAGUACCACGAACAGCAGCAGCAGCAGCAACAACAGCAGCAGCAACAGCACCAGUUUUGUAGCCAAUCCCGCGUCCAAGGUGCCGCUGCACGAGCGCGCCAACACCUAUUAUAAUCCAUCGCGCAGGAAACGCGUCGUGGACAACAAGUCGAGCACUUUAAAUCUGAACAAGCACGCCGAAAUGAUAGCCAAAUAUAAGGGCUGUCCGUGGCGAGUGCGCGACUAUCAGUACGGUGACGGUAUAAUUGGUUUGCACGAGGAGAUCGAUCACUUCUAUCAGUAUGUGCUGCCCACGCCCUGCGAGCAUGCCAUUCGAAACGAGGUGGUCAAGCGCAUCGAGGCCGUUGUCCAUUCCAUAUGGCCGCAGGCGGUGGUCGAGAUAUUUGGUUCCUUUCGCACCGGCCUCUUUUUACCCACCUCGGAUAUUGAUCUAGUUGUACUAGGUCUGUGGGAGAAGCUGCCGUUGCGCACCCUUGAAUUUGAGCUUGUUUCGCGGAACAUCGCGGAGGCCUGCACGGUCCGAGUGCUGGACAAGGCAUCUGUGCCGAUAAUCAAGCUGACGGAUCGCGAGACGCAGGUGAAGGUCGACAUAUCGUUCAAUAUGCAGUCGGGCGUACAGUCCGCGGAGCUGAUCAAACAGUUUAAGCGCGAUUAUCCAGUGCUGGGCAAGCUGGUGCUGGUGCUAAAGCAGUUUCUACUGCUGCGCGAUCUCAACGAGGUGUUCACGGGCGGCAUCUCAUCGUAUUCACUGAUACUCAUGUGCAUCAGUUUCCUGCAACUGCAUCCGCGCGGCAUCUGUCACGACAAGACGAAUCUGGGCGUGCUCUUGCUCGAGUUCUUUGAGCUGUACGGUCGUCGCUUUAACUAUAUGAAAAUUGGCAUUUCCAUUAAGAAUGGCGGCCGCUAUAUGCCCAAGGAUGAGCUGCAGCGCGACAUGGUCGACGGCCACAGGCCAUCCCUACUCUGCAUCGAGGAUCCCCUAACGCCCGGCAACGAUAUCGGACGCAGCAGCUACGGUGCCCUCCAUGUUAAGCAGGCCUUCCAAUGCGCCUAUCGUGUGCUCACCCAGGCGGUCAGUCCGCUCAAUCUUUGGGGCACCGAUGCACGUGUCACUUCCAUAUUAGGGCGCAUUAUACACAUAACGGAUGACGUUAUUGACUAUCGCGAAUGGAUACGGGAGAACUUUGAGUAUCUGACCGCCGUGGACCCAAUCUCGCCCCUGCCCGCCUAUACGAAUGGGGCCGCCAAGUAUGUGAUCAUGCCCUCCGGUGCCGUGGUGCAUCAGAUUUAUCAUCCGCAUACGGUGCUGCAGCCGCACGCGCUGGCGCAGCCGUAUCAUACGGCGGCGGCAGCAGCAGCAGCAGCGGCGGCGGCAGCGGCUGCACAACAGCAGCAGCAGCAGCAUCAGCUGCAGCCACAGGCGCAGCUGGCUAGCAAUCUGAAUCUGACGGCGCUGCGUCAUCGGCGGGGCAGCACCUCAUCGGCGGAUGAUUCUGAGGACAGCAAAGACUGCGAGGUUGGCGACCGGGAACGGGAGUCUAUAACAUCUGUUGGCCAGCCGAUUGUCGAGGUUAUUGACAUAACCUCAUCGCCGCCAAAUGGACUGGAUGUGGCAGCGAUGCCCGUGACUGUACCCAAGCCGAUUAUGGUGGCCAUCAGCAACAGCUCGUUAUCGGGCUCGUCGCCAGACAUGGAGCAACUCAGCGAUGCCCCGGCGGACGGACUGGAUGAUCCAAUCGUGAACAGCCAUAUCUACAACACAACCACCAGCCACGUCCAAGCCAACAGCAGCAGCGGCGGCGGCGGGAAUACAGCGACGCGAAGCUACGGCCAACAGCAGGCGGGGCAGCGCAGUCACUCGAAUUCGUAUUACCGUCAGCCGCUCUAUGUGCCACCACCCUUGCAGCAGCAGCAGCAAUUGACAAAGACCAUUUCCAAUACCCAGCAGAGCAGCUACAAUGGCCAUCAUGCCCAGCAGCAACAGCAACAACAGCAACAACAGCAGCAGCAGCAGCAACGGCCGCAGCAUUUGCGUUUGGCCACCAGCAAUAGCAAUAGUGGGACAAACAGUGCAGGUGCCGGCUACCAGCAGCAUCAUCAUCAUCACCAUCAGCAACAGCAGCAACAGCAGCAGCAUCAUCAUCACCACCAUCAUCAUCAGCAGCAGCAGCAACCGCAGCCGCAUCACCAUCAUCAGCAGCAGCAUCGGCGGCACUUCCAGUCGAGCGCAUCAAAAGCGGUAGGUUCGCCCACAGUAUCAUCAUCCUGCACAUCAGCAGCGGCAACAACGAGCGCGCAUAGCGGCAACAGCAGCAGCAGCCGUUUGCAGCAAAUGCGCGACACUCGUCUCGUCAACUCAUCCUCCUCAAUCAUUUCCAUAUCAUCUGAAUCCUCAGUUGGCAGCUCAAGCAGUUCGUCCCCCCGUUCACCGCGCUGCGGCUCUGGUGGUGAAUCCCCGGACUCGGCUUCCGGCCAGCUGGCCACUGCAGAAGAUCGCUGAGGAUAUCCAGGCCCAAUUCCAAUACCAGAGACGCUAUGGCGGCCACUGACCCACCCACCCACCAGUUAAGUGAACGGGACAGAGAGCGUGCGAGCGAGCAAUCAGAGAAUAAGAAGAAGAAAUCGAUUCAAUGAACGCAACAGUGAGCCACAUGACUGAGAAACGUGUGAUGAUGAGACAGGAACAGAUUUACCCAUUUGAUAGCAGAUGGAGAGAGAGCGAGAGAGAGAGCAGCUUUUUAGUGAGCGAAAGAGAUAGAAGAUAGAUAGCGAAAGAGAUGGCAAUAGUCAUGUGCAUUAUCUAUGUAUUAGCUGCGUGCGUUUAGAAUCAA